AUGAAGCGCUUUCUGGGUUCUUUGAGUAGGCGUUCGAGCUCAAGCGACAGUGUAGACCACCGCAACGACUCACCAGAAGCCAUAAUCGCAAGAGAAUUGACUGCAUUCUGCGAAUCAAACACUUCCUCGCACGACACGAACCAACAAGGAAACGAAUUCGUCCACCUCCCCCAAAUAGUCGAAACAGCCGAAUCAAGCCCCAAUGCCGCCAAAGAAGCCGCCUACCGAAUCCGCAAAUACCUCGCCGACCCAGCGGGAACCCCAAACAACGUCCAAUACAAUGCGCUCAUGAUAACCCGCAUCCUAGUCGACAACCCAGGCCACACCUUCACGCGCAACUUCGACGCGAAAUUCGUUUCCACAAUCAAGGAGCUACUCCGCGCUGGUCGCGACUGGCACGUGCAAAGCUAUCUCCGCCAGUACCUGGACACACUGGAGCAACAGCGCAGCUGGGACGAGGAUCUGAAACUCCUGCUGCAGAUGUGGGCGAAGGAAAAGUCGAAGCCGCAGCGCGGACUGAUUGAUCGCUUCCCCAUGGCUUCAGGCGCACCGCCCCUCCCCCCUCAUCCGACGUCGACAGCGAAUCCGCAUCGGAAUGCGUAUGCCGGUGCGCGCGCGCCGGACGUUGCCCGAUCGCCCUCAAAUGCACUACCCAAUGCGGAAGAAUUAGCGGCGCGCAUUGAAGAAGCACGGAACUCGGCCAAGCUGUUGACGCAGUUCGUGCAGUCGACACCGGCGGUGGAGUUGGAGGAGAAUGAUCUGGUGAAGGAGUUUGUGGAUCGGUGUCGCACGGGUUCGAGGCUGAUUCAGGGAUAUAUUCAUUCGACGAAUCCUGGGCCUGAUGAGGAUACGUUGUUGACGCUUAUUGAGACGAAUGAUGAGAUUUCUGUUGCUUUGUCACAGCAGCAGCGGGCUAUGUUGAAGGCGCGGAAGGUUCGCGGGUCUUCAUCGCCCAGUUCUUCGAAUGUCACUUCGCCCGAGUCGACGUCUCAACCUUUGCCUUUUGCUUCUGGGGCUGGGACUGGGACUGCGGUGCCUGUUGCUGCGGAGUUGCCUUCUCCUGUUAUGACUGGCGGUAGAACUAAUACGGGCCGGUACGAAUACAGGUCUGAGGAUUUCCAAGUUCAGAAUCCCUUCGCUGAUGAUUACGCGGAGGAUUCUGAUGGGAGGAACCAGACGCAUCAGUCUCAGAGAGAUCGAGUGCAUUUCCAGCCUAGCGAGCAGGAGCGUUGA